GCAGUGGGGCGUGUACCUAGCCGAGCCUCCACUUCACACUGCAGAGCGUCCCGUUGGCACGCCCCAAAAGGGUAAGCGGACUGAGCUAUGGCCGAUCUUGCAGCAGAAAUGGCCGGAGCCAGAGAAGCUCCUCCUCGUCGUCCUCAAUUGGAUCUAAAUCAUCCACCGAUGGAUGAGGAUGCGCCGGCGGGGAAGCUGAGCAGGAUGGAGCACCAGCGCAGCGUCUGCGGCGAGCCGUCCUUCCGGAUGGAGAACCUUCCUGAGGAGAUUCAACCUGUUGUGAUGUCACUUCUCCCACUGAAAGAGGCGGUGAGGACAAGCAUUGUUGCAAGAAGUUGGAGAAUGCUCUGGAGAUUUCACAGUAAUCUGUGUUUUUAUUGCCCCGAUGAUCUGGAUUAUAACUCCGAUGAGUAUGAUGACACCGAUGAACAAGCCAUUGAUGAUUUUAUCAAAAUAAAAAGAGACAAUUUCAUUGAGGAUGUAAAUUGGGUUAUCCAACGACAUAGUGGAAUAGGAAUCAAUAAGUUCAGAAUCAGGUGUGGCCUGCACAAGGAGGACUUCGAUCAUCUUGACAGGUGGAUUGCCUUUGCUGCUUCAUCGAAGGCAAAUGUCAUAGAGUUUGACCUGAAGAUGAUUAAUUAUCCAUCCAAAAAAGUUUACCACUUUCCUCUUGACGCCUUAGAUGUUCAAGGCAGCUCUUUUGUGCAGUCCUUGUUUCUUGCUGAUGUUUCUAUAAAGCCACACUCGGAUGUACGUGGCUUUUCUAUACUCAGAAGGCUUGUUCUGCAAUAUGUUCAGAUAUUUGGGGAUCUACGAGGGUUGCUAGCAAAUUGUUCUGCACUUGAGGACUUAUCGAUCAUCGAGUGCUCUGGUGUGGCCAAUUUAAGCAUGCCACACAAACUUGAUAAACUUCAACAUUUGCUAAUUGACAAAACAUAUGUUAGGAUGGUUGAGUUUCAUGCUGCCGAUCUUGCUCAUUUUGAGUACAAAGGACUAGAGAUCCCUAUAGUACUUCAUGGUUGCUCCAAAUUAGAGAAGGCAACAAUUAUGUUUAAAGGAGGUAAAGGAUUGGGCCGCUUAUUCACUCUAGUUCCAAGCAUUUUGCCAGUAAAGAUACUACACGUGGGAGCUGAUAUACUUGGAUAUGAACAGUUGCAGAAAAUGACAACAAGAUCGCUUGGCAUGUUUACAUGUUUGAGGCAUAUAACUUGUCAAUUAUUUGUCCGGGUCCGCCAUAGCGAACUAAAGGCCGAUAACGGAGUUCUUCAAGUGGCCCAUUGUUUAAAUGCUGCACCUCAACUGGAGACGCUCCACCUUAACAUGAUAUAUUUGAUCAAAUAUGGUCAGAUGAGUCAUCAGGUGGCGGUGGAGGAGGAAGAUUCUCCUAUGCGUCGCCAUGAUCAUCUCAAGACUGUCUACAUGAGCGGGUUUCGGCUCUACAAGGCUCAGAAGAAGCUGGCAUUCUCCAUCUUGGAGAAUGCCUCUGUUCUCGAGCACAUGCAGUUGGAGCCGAGGGUGAAGGCCGUAGCCGACAAGGCCGCGAUAUGCUAUAUGUUGAAUGACCGCGUCGAAAGAAAAUUCGUACCACAGGUCUGUGAAUGGGCGCGGCUUGCCUCGCUACGCUUCGGGAAGGUGGUUACUGCCCCUUCAGAAUGACGGUUCGGCUUAUGGAUUGAUUCAGGGUUUGUUGUGGUGAAUGCCAAACCAAGCGCGGUGUUGUCCUGAAUAUUUGAGAUCGUCACAGAUUCACUGCGUCGACAUCGCAUGGAAGAUGGUCAUGGCCACGAGGAGGAGAAUGAUGGCGCAUCUGGUCAUUGCCGGAUCUGCAUCCGCCGAUGAGAACACCAUUGGCGGGUAGGCUGUGCUUGUCGAUGGGGGCACCGCUGCCCCGGGAUUCGCACCAGGGUUCAGGCUGCGCGUGCAGAAUGAGGUGAAGGUGUCAGUAUUGGGUCAUGAAUGAAUGAAUGCUGUACAUGUAUAUAUAAUUGUGCUAAAUUGUUGUUUGCUGAAUGUUCUGCCUGCCAAAGGGAAGCUAAUGACGCUGUCAUGUUCA